GGGAAUUCAGUCUUAACUCGUUCUUUCAUCACUACACGAUCAAAAACAGUUUCCUUCCUCCUUCUCUUGUAACCGUAACUCGUUCCUUCUCUAAUGGAAGACGAAGUUAACAGAGAACUCGACCUUCUCCCACCGUCGCGCUCCGAUUCCUCUCUCCUCCGCCUGCGCUCGGCGGUGUCCUCCUCCUCCACCACAGACUGCGGUGGCGCCCCGUCGCUGGACCUGCAGCUGUCGAUCAGCGUGCGUCCGCCGGCGGCGAUGCUGAUGUGCGACGGCGUGGAUGCGCUGAAGUGGCAGGCCGCGGAGCAAAUCCGGCUGGCGGCGUUGGAGAAAGCGUACGCGGAGCGUAUGCGGGAACUGACGCGGCGCGAGAUGGAGAUGGCGCAGACGGAGUUCGCACGUGCGCGGCAAAUGUGGGAGCGUGCGAGGGAGGAGGUAGAGCGAGCUGAGAGGAUCAAGGAACGCGCGACCAGACAGGUGGAUUCGACGUGCAUGGAGAUCACUUGCCAUUCCUGUAGGCAAAGGUUCAGGCCCGCUUGAUCCCACAAACACCACUACCUUCCAUGAUCGCUUUCUUUUGCCUCUGUUUCUGUUUUCUGUUUCUCUAACAAACCAACCACAAUAACACUCCCCUUAAUGAAUUAACCGUUUUCCCCUU